AUGCCCGUCACGCGCGCAGCAGCUCAGGCCAUGAGCGACGACGUCGACGAGUCGACACAGCCGCGCGCAUCGCGCUUCAAGGAGCACACCAACACGAAUGGCAGCAUACGACCGCCGCCCGACGAGCUAUGGAAGGACAUUGGCAUUGAGGAGCUGAUUGAGCAGUUCAAUGAGGAGAACUCGAAGCCGCCGACUUCGCGAAAGAGCUCUGCGAAUCGUGUGCCUCGCCUGGUCAAGUCUUCUUCACGGGCAGCUUCCGGGAGCGCGACGCCUUCAGAUUCUGGCGUCGUGACAACCAUACAUGGAUCGGCAUCGACGCCGUCCGAGGGGACAUACGCCCGCCUCCAGCGCGCAUUCGCGUCCAUGUUCGGCAGUGUCCUGGGCAAGCGCAAGGCCGGGGCCACAGAUGCAGAGCGCGAGAGGGACCAGUACCAGCAGAUACUAGAGGAGCGCAAGAAGGCCGCCGAGAUUGCGUACCACGAGGCCAAAGACCUCGGUCUUCUCCCUACGCCAAAGGUCUACGUGCGACCCGCCAUGAAGUCGCGGCAGGUUGGCACCCCAUCUCAGCCUGUCGCGGCCGAGAAGAUGCAGCUGGGCUUGACCGCAGCCAUGGCCGAGGCAGCCACACCUGUCCGAGCUCCACGAACACCAACUCUCCGUCACACCCCGAGCAAGAAGGAUCUGUACAAGCAGAAGAAGCUCACCAAGCGCGUCUCGGACCUCGAAUACAAGCUCGCCUCCGCCCGCAAGGAGCUCCAGACGGUCCUCUACAGCGACGUACCACCUGUCCCACGCAUCCCCGACUUCGCACCACCUACACCCGACGUCACGCAAAGCGAAAACGACGGCAGAUCGCCAAGUGCCACCCCGGUCACUGAACCUCCUCAGAGCAUCGGCAAGAUUGUAAAGAAGCGCAAGGCCAUCGUCAACGACUCGGACGGCGAAUACAAACCCAUAUACACCGAUUCCGAGGGCGACCUCGAUCUUCUCUCCGCCCACUCCGCCUCCGAAGCCGAGAUGCCUGAGCGCAGCAUAAAACGCCCCAAGAGCGUCAAGAGCCCUGCAGGCAAGAGUCCCAGGAGGGCCAGUUCGAGGUUGGUGAAGAGGUUCUCGAGAAACAACUUGAGGAGUGAGGAGCCUGUCAGGGUUGUGCCCGACGGUAUGGAUGUACCUGAUGUGCCUAUCAUACCUCACGAUAUGGAGAGCAAGGGAAAGAAAGUCAAGGUCAAGGCCAGUGAUGAUGGAUUUGGAGGGUUGGGCCACGAGAUCUUCUGA